CGGUGUGGCAGGCCGUGUUCAGGAUGUCUAUGAGUGUCAGAGGGGGUGUCAGUGAGCAAACAAACAGCAGGGUCACAAGGAAGUGCUGUUCCUUUAACAACUCACCACAGCACAGAGUUUGAUUCACUUCCCUCACUGCCCCACCCCAGAGCUCCUGUGCUGAAGUUUGACACAGACCCCUCCACCGUUACGUGCGUUAGGACAGGAUAAUCUGUUCUCAUUCCCACAGUCUGCUGGACUUUGACUGCUGAUUUUCUGUCCAUAUCAAUACCUAGUAGAGAAGAUCACUUCAGGAUGCCUCUUGGGGGUGGAAACAAAUGUGGCUGCUGCCAGAAAACAGUGUACUUUGCAGAGGAAGUGCAAUGUGAAGGGCGGAGCUUCCACAGAUCCUGCUUCCUGUGCAUGGUGUGCAGGAAAUGUCUAGACAGCACUACUGUAGCCGUCCAUGAGAAUGAGAUCUACUGCAAGGCCUGUUACGGCAAAAAGUAUGGGCCCAAAGGCUACGGCUAUGGCGCUGGCGCAGGAACUCUGAGCAUGGAUAAAGGAGAGUCACUGGGAAUUAAACCUGCGGAGCCUCAGGAACACCAGCCAACCAAUAACCCCAACGCAUCCAAGUUUGCUCAAAAGUUUGGCGGCUCUGAUAAUUGUCCUCGGUGUAGCAAGGCCGUCUACGCAGCUGAAAAAGUCAUAGGGGCAGGAAAUGCAUGGCACAGGGGUUGUUUCCGAUGUGCAAAGUGCGGCAAGGGGCUGGAAUCUACAACUUUAGCCGACAAGGAUGGUGAAAUCUACUGCAAAGGUUGCUAUGCCAAAAACUUUGGACCAAAGGGCUUUGGAUACGGUCAAGGUGCUGGAGCGCUGUCACACACUAAAUAGAUCAGCGUGACACCAAUCGUAAGCAUCUGUAGAAGCACGAGUGCAUGAGUGAGUGCAUGUCAGUGUCUUGAAAAUGGAAACCGGUGUCAGUCAAGAAGGAAACCAGAGUCCAGAUGCUUCUGCCUAAUUCUUAAAGGAGACACGUUCCACAUUUCAACACAUUCCACAAGACAUCAUGUCAUUGUCUUAAACCCAUAAACAUGUCUUCUUAACUCUUGAACAUUGCCAAAUGCUUGGAAGAACGUCAAGUAUGUAAACAAAAUUUGGGAUUAGACUUAAUCUGCUCACCUAUGAUGAUCACUUGGGUUUGUCAAGAUUUAGUGGAACCUGAGCUGUGCUGUCAGUAUUCCUGUGCUUAGAUGUACUGUCUGUUCUCUAGUGGAUCUGCAUGAGUUCACUAGUUUACCACAUGAUUGUUUGAGCUUUAAUCACAGUAAAGAACGUUUUCUUCAGCUCUAUUUAAAGCAUGAAUGCAUCACAAGUACUCCCUGGCUUAAGAUGCACUAAAUUUAUUUCACUAUCAAUGGAAAAAUAUCCCACAUAUGCAUUCUGCACGUAAUUUAAGAAGAUGUUAUAGAAGUAAAUGUACAAAUAUGCACAGUUUUGGUGUCUUUUUUUUAGUUGUGUCCAUUAAACUGAAUAGCUGGUGAAUGUAAAUGUUUGUAAGAUAUAUUUUAUGUAAAAUGAAUGUGCCUUGCAAGUAAGCAGCGUUAGUUUCAGUGUAUAUUUCUAGUAGAUGGAAUAUGGUGUCACACAUUCAAACAAAACAAAUGAACAGAUGUGCACUGGUUUUAAGGCUUU